AUGUCAAGGAGUCCUAGUCCUUAUUAUCCAAGAUCUCGUAGUCGAUCUAGAAGUCCAAUAAAAUCUUCCCGUGGUAAUUCCAGUAGAUCUCGAUCUCGUAGUAGAGAUCGUUAUUAUAGUAAACGUUCUAGUUAUAAAAGAGAUAGGAAACACAGAAGAAGAAGCCCAAGUUUUGAUAAAAAUCAUAGUUAUGAAAGUAGUCGAAAGCGGAGUACAACAAAGAAAGAGUGUAAAAAAGUUGAUGUUUCUGUGUCUACGUGCCAUGAACCACCAGUCACUACAACAUUAGUACAAAUUCCUCUUGAGUUGCAACUUGAUGCUGAAUUUAAUAUUUCUAAUGUUAGUGAAGGUGCAAAAAAAUGGAUGGAAGAACAAAUUAAUGAAAGACUACGUAAAAAAGAGGAAGAGAUGGAGGCGUUAUUACAACAAAGAAUACAAAAAUCUAAACAAAUUAUUGAAGAACAAGUAAGAUCUCAAAUUCAAAUGGAAUUACAAAUUGAACAUAAUCAUAUUAAAACUUUAGAAGAGGAAACAAAAAAACGUUGUGAAAAAUUAGAAAAUGAUAUAAAAUUAAAAAUGGUCCAAUUGGAAGAAGAGAAAUUAAAAAUGAAGGCCGAAAGGCUCGAAAUGUUGAACGCCAAAGGUAAGUUCGAAAUGGAACGAGCCCAAAUGCUUCAAGAGCAGAAAUCAAGAGAACAAACAGAAAAAGAUGUAAUUCUUAAUAAAUCUAAAUUUGCAAGAGCACCAAUUAAAUUUGCGAUUGGAAAACUUGGAUAA